GACUCUCUCCCGGGACUCCUCUCCGGCGGCAGCCUGGGCGCGGCGGGCAUGGUGCGCCCGCGUCGGGGGCGCCAUGGCCACCUGGAAGCGCGACGGCCGGCUGACGGCGCUGCAGCGGCUGGGCUGCGCCGGGCUGGCCGGGGCGGCGAGCCACAGCCUGACGGCCCCGCUGGAAGUGCUCACCGUCUUGGCCCAGGUCGGGGCGCCCCACGGGCAGCGAGGCGGCCUCUGGCAGGCGGGGAGCAGCUUGUGGCGCGCCGAGGGCCCGGCGGCGCUCUGGAAGGGCAACCUGACCGCCUGCCUGCGGCUCUUCCCCUACAGCGCGGUGCAGCUCGCCUCCUACCGCCGUUGCGUGAUGAUGCUGAUGGAUGAUUCAGGUCACAUUUCUCAGUGGAAUUCCAUCGUGGCCGGGAGUCUGGCGGGGAUGAUGGCAGCCAUCGCAACUUAUCCAACGGAGGUUGUCAAGACUCGGCUCAUUGUGCAGAAUCGACUGGAACCUCCCUACAAAGGCAUUCUUCAUGCUUUGUAUAUGAUUUACCACCAGGAAGGAACCCCUGCACUUUAUCGGGGUGUUUCAUUGUCAGUAUUAGGUGCAAUCCCAUUUUCCAUUGGUUCCUUCCUUGUUUACACUCACUUGGAUAAACUCUGGGGUCAACCCAGCCUCCGUUUCACACCAAUGCAAAACUUCUUCAAUGGCUGUCUGGCAGCUGCCGUGGCCCAAACGUUUUCCUUCCCCUUUGAAACAGUCAAGAGGAAAAUGCAGGCUCAGAGCCCGUGCCUCCCUUGCUAUGGAGGGGAUGGUAUCCAUUUUGCUGGUGUGAUAGAUUGUUUUCAGCAGACGGUAAAAACCAAGGGAGUUCUCGCCCUCUGGAAUGGACUUACUGCUAAUUUACUCAGGAUUGUGCCUUACUUUGGGAUCAUGUUCAGCACUUUUGAAUUCUCCAAGCGGAUCUGCCUGUACCAGAACGGUUACACGGAUUCCCCUUUACGCUACGAACUUACUCCAGGCGUAGACCAGAGUUUACAACCCCAGGAAUUGCAAGACUUAAGGCUCCUUGGAAGAAGAAACGUCUAAGCCUCUGAAUGCAUUUUUUGGACACAGUUCCCUGGCAGCCCUGUUGCAAAAGAGCCAAUGAGAUUCACAGCCAGCUCUCUUAUCUUCAGUGGGAGGGCUGCUGAAGGCCCCAAACUCACGGUAAUGGGACGUAACUUCCUUGUUCAAGACAGACUGCACAAUGGGACAACCUACUAAGCAGAUGAAAUCCAUCCGGUCUCGGAUGUUGCCAACUGUUCAACUAUUGGUCAGAAUUGUGUGGCCAUUUUUGUUUCCUAGCCUGUGGAUCCUGAAAACUCCACUCAUUUCCAAGCAUUUUCCAGCACAGCAGAAUAAUGAUCAGAUCAGCAGUGUGAGAAGCCAUGAUUUGUCACAGGUUCAUUGGAAAGCAGCAGGACAAGGGGGCCAGUGCUAGACAAUCUCAUAUACCGAAGAGAGGAACCUGAUAGGGACUUCCUUUGGAAUACAGCUGCCCUGUUAGAAGUGGAAUUGUGCGCAUGAGGAGGAUGCUACUGAAGAGGGACCCUUCUCCACAUCAAAAUUCCCUAGCCGUAGAAAGCUAGCUGAUGGAGACUAGAUUAGAGAUGUCCCUGACAUGCCCACUUUCCACAGGUAGGAAUUUAAUAGGAUGGUUGAACUUUUAAUUAUGCAAAACAACAACCAACCUCCCCCCCCCCCCUUAGAGUCUGAAAUGGAACAAUCUGAGGACUGUAGCGUGCGCUCUUUGGAUUCUCCUAAAGAGUCUUCCACUGAACGGUGGUCUCCUUUUGGAUCUCAGAAGAGCUUGUAAAUGAGCAGCAGCCCACUUUAAAUGACAAACGCACAGAAAGUUCCCUCUGUCUCCAGAUCUUCGAAUAUAAUGCGUUGAGGUGGGUAAGAAUGGUUCUCUCUCUUCCUUGUUACUUCAGAUACAAGCCUAUAGACCAAUGUUUCUCAACCGUGGCAACUUUAAGAUGGGUGGACUUCAAUUCCCAGAAUUCCCCAGCGAGCGUGCUGGCUGGAGAAUUCUGGGAAUUGAAGUCCACCCAUCUUAAAGUUGCCAAGGCUGAGAAAAACUGCUAUAGCCAUAAGGCUGUCAACAGUUGCUCUAAAAUUCCUUGCAAUUACGGGUUUUAAUUUGUUUUCUUGCUGCGUACUUGAUACUGAACUUAAUAAACAGGAGAACAGACAAGUGUUGCUUAAAAGGUG